AUGAGAGCCAGAAGACAGAGAGGUAGCUGCCCAAAGGGCCUUGGAGCUUUGCCAUUUGCGGGGCUGCUUUGCCAAGGCCAAAAUGUGGGCAUUUCGAUGAAAAUGGUACGCCCUGCCACUCAUCUUUGCCGAAACUGUGGCAAGGAUGACCACACCUCCACGCUCGUCCAAGGGGCCUCCCAAGUCCCAACUCGAUCAGCAGCCUUGGCGAUUGAUGCCUCCAGGUCUGCUGCUCAGAAGAUACCAGAGACCAUGUUUGGCCUGUUCUUUGAGGAGAUCAACCACGCAGGAGCUGGUGGAAUAUGGGCAGAACUAGUUAGUAACAGAGGUUUUGAAGCUGGAGGCUCCGUUACUCCAUCGAGCAUCGAGCCAUGGUCAAUCCUUGGGGACGCAUCAACCAUACGCGUAACAACAGAUCAAUCUUCCUGUUUCAGUAGAAAUGCUAUUGCUCUGAAGAUGGAGGUCAUUUGUGAAGACUGUCCCUCUGGUGGUGUUGGCAUUUGUAACCCUGGGUUCUGGGGCAUGAAUAUAGAACAAGGAAAACGCUAUAAUCUAGCCAUGUAUCUGAAAUCACCGGAAUAUUUGAACUUCACAGCUUCACUAACAUGCUCAAAUGGAUCGCAAGUUGUAGCAUCAGCCUCUAUACAGCAUGCUAGUUUAUCAAAUUGGACAAAGAUAGAGCUGCAACUGUUAGCUCAGGGAACAUGCAGAAGCUCACGGCUUGAACUAACAACUUUGAAGAGGGGAAUAAUAUGGCUGGAUCAAAUUUCACUUAUGCCAUCAGACACACACAAGGGCCAUGGUUUUCGCAAAGAACUCAUAUCUUUUCUUUUGGAUCUUAGACCAAGCUUCCUACGAUUUCCAGGAGGUUGCUAUGUUCAAGGCGAUUUGUUAAAAAAUGCAUUUAGGUGGAAGAAAACUAUUGGUCCAUGGGAAGAAAGACCUGGGCAUUUUGGAGAUGUCUGGCAUUACUGGACAGACGAUGGGCUUGGAUAUUAUGAAUUUCUUCAGCUUGCUGAAGACUUAGGCGCUACACCAAUCUGGGUGGUGAACAUUGGGCUCAGCAUUCAUGAGAAAGUUAACAUCACUGACAUUGCACCCCUUGUAGAGGAUGUAUUGGACAGUCUUGAGUUUGCUAGGGGGAGUGCGGAAUCAAAAUGGGGUAGUGUUAGAUCCUCCAUGGGACAUCCUGAGCCUUUCGUAGUUAAGUAUGUAGCCCUAGGGAACGAGGACUGCGUUUCCAGUUUUUACAGAGAACACUAUCUCAAGUUUUACACUGCAAUCCGAGAGGCUUAUCCUGACAUUCAAAUGAUAUCAAACUGUGACGGCUUCAGUAAGCAACUUGAUCAUCCUGCUGAUUUGUAUGAUUUUCAUAUCUAUGAUAACAUUACUGAGAUUUUUCUUAACAAGACCACAUUUGACAAUGCAACACGUACUGGGCCUAAGGUGUUUGUUAGUGAGUAUGCUGUUGUUGAAAAAAAACCUGGUGAUGGUGGUAACGGAAGCCUUGUUGCUUCACUGGCAGAGGCUGCUUUCCUCACUGGCUUAGAGAAAAAUAGCGACGUCGUUCAGAUGGCAAGCUAUGCGCCACUCUUCGUCAAUGACAAUGAUCGCACCUGGAUGCCAGAUGCGAUAGUCUUUAACUCCUGGCAACAAUAUGGAACUCCUAGCUACUGGAUGCAGACAUUUUUCCGUGAAUCAAGUGGAGCUCUGUACCAUCCAAUCACAAUCAAUUCAAGCUAUUCUCAACAAUUGGCAGCUUCUGCAAUCACCUGGCAAGACAAUGAGAUUAGCUUCCUGAGAGUGAAGAUUGUGAACUUUGGGCCAAUUGCUGUGAAUCUCACAAUAUCUGUGUCCGGACUUGAAGCUAGUGUGAAUAGUGCAAGAUCCACCGUUACUGUUCUCACGUCCAGCAAUCCGUUGGAUGGGAAUUCUUUCAGUCAACCAAGGAAGGUGGUGCCGGUAAUCAGCGAGCUACCCAAUGCUGCAGAGGAGAUGCAGGCCUUGCUGGCUCCUUACUCCUUCACUUCAUUCGAUCUAGCUCUAGAAGUCUAG